CCCGCCCCCGCCCCGCCCCCUCGCGAGUGCGGCCUCCGGCUUGCGGCGGCUCCAGCUAACGGGCCGGCCGCGGUGGUGUGGUGGGUGCCCGUGGAGCCGUCGCUAUGGCAGAGGAGCAGGAGUUCACCCAGCUGUGCAAGCUGCCCUCGCAGCAGCCCUCGCAGUCUCACUGCGGCACCAACACUUACCGCAGCACGCAGCACUCCCAGGCCCUGCUCCGGGGGCUGCUGGCGCUUCGGGACAGCGGCAUCCUCUUUGACGUCGUCCUCGUGGUGGAGGGGAGGCACAUCGCAGCCCACCGCAUCCUGCUGGCAGCAUCCUGCGACUACUUCCGAGGGAUGUUCGCCGGGGGCCUGAAGGAGAUGGAGCAGGAGGAGGUGCUGAUCCACGGCGUGUCCUACAAUGCCAUGUGCCAGAUCCUGCAUUUCAUAUACACCUCUGAGCUGGAGCUCAACCUCAGCAACGUGCAGGAGACGCUGGUGGCUGCCUGCCAGCUGCAGAUCCCGGAAAUCAUCCACUUCUGCUGCGACUUCCUUCUGUCUUGGGUGGAUGAGGAGAACAUCCUAGACGUGUACCGGCUGGCUGAGCUGUUUGACCUGAACCGCCUGACGGAACAGCUGGAUGCCUACAUUCUCAAGAACUUUGUAGCCUUCUCCCGGACCGACAAGUACCGCCAGCUGCCCCUGGAGAAGGUGUACUCCCUGCUCAGCAGCAACCGGCUAGAGGUGUCACGUGAGGCCGAGGUGUACGAGGGGGCCCUGCUCUACCAUUACACCCCGGAGCAGGUGCAGGCCGACCAGAUCGCACUGCAUGAGCCCCCCAAGCUCCUGGAGACGGUGCGCUUCCCACUGAUGGAAGCCGAGGUCCUGCAGCGCCUGCACGAUAAGCUGGACCCCAGCCCGCUGCGGGACACGGUGGCCAGCGCCCUCAUGUACCACCGGAAUGAGAGCUUGCAGCCCAGCCUGCAGGGCCCGCAGACGGAGCUGCGGUCGGACGUUCGGUGUGUGGUGGGCUUCGGGGGCAUCCAUUCCACACCGUCCACGGUGCUGAGCGACCAGGCCAAGUAUCUGAACCCCCUGCUGGGCGAAUGGAAGCACUUCACCGCCUCGCUGGCCCCCCGCAUGUCCAACCAGGGCAUCGCGGUGCUUAACAACUUCGUGUACCUGAUUGGCGGGGACAACAAUGUCCAGGGAUUCCGAGCAGAGGCCCGGUGCUGGAGGUACGACCCACGGCACAACCGCUGGUUCCAGAUCCAGUCCCUGCAGCAGGAACACGCGGACCUGUGCGUGUGUGUGGUGGGUGGGUACAUCUAUGCCGUGGCCGGGCGCGACUACCACAACGACCUGAGCGCUGUGGAACGUUACGACCCUGCCACCAACUCCUGGGCCUAUGUGGCUCCGCUCAAGAGGGAGGUGUAUGCCCACGCAGGUGCCACGCUCGAGGGGAAGAUGUACAUCACUUGUGGCCGCAGAGGGGAGGACUACCUCAGGGAGACACACUGCUACGACCCGGAUAGCAACACCUGGCAAGCCCUGGCUGACGGACCUGUGCGGCGGGCCUGGCACGGCAUGGCCACGCUCCUGGAUAAGUUGUAUGUGAUUGGGGGCAGCAACAACGACGCUGGCUAUAGGCGAGAUGUGCAUCAGGUGGCCUGUUACAGCUGCACCUCUGGACAGUGGUCGUCCGUGUGCCCGCUGCCAGCCGGCCACGGCGAGCCUGGCGUGGCGGUGCUCGACAACCGGAUCUACGUGCUGGGCGGCCGCUCGCACAACCGCGGCAGCCGCACGGGCUACGUGCACAUCUACGACGCCGAGAAGGACUGCUGGGAGGAGGGGCCGCAGCUGGACAACUCCAUCUCGGGCCUGGCGGCCUGCGUGCUCACGCUGCCCCGCUCCCUGCUGCUCGAGCCGCCCCGAGGCACCCCCGACCGCAGCCAGGCCGACCCCGACUUCGCCUCCGAGGUGAUGAGCGUGUCCGACUGGGAGGAGUUCGACAACUCCAGCGAGGACUAGGGAGACCGGACGCGGGCCCCUGGCGCUUUCCCCACG